CUUCAUGCUGCUGGCAAUUGAACGGGCGACAUUAAGUAAAAAAGACAAAUUCUUGAAACGAUUUUGAAGUUUUUUCCAGUUUUCUCACUUGCAAUAUACAAAAUGAAGUUCUUAAUUAGUUUUGUAUUAUUUUGCUGUGUUGCGGCAGCAAAUGCACAACUAAAUCUUGGCUUGGGAUUAGGAAUAGGUCGACCAGGCCCACCGCCACCGGACUUUUUUCUAAAUGUCAUUCUCACUGCAGAAGCGCAAAAGGUACUUGUGACGCCUGAUCUGCCAGCUGAUUUACAGCAACGUGUACAAGACACUUUAAACAAUUCUGAAUUGGGUUUCAAUAGCUGCAGCACAAUGUCUACACUUCCAUGGAUUCAAAUGCGCUGUGUGGCCCUACAACUAUCGAAAUCUAAGGCAGAGCUAAAGGCUAUUGAAGAUGAAGCAAAAGCUAGAGCUGAAGCUGCAGUUACUUCAAAUGUCGUUGGCGCAACACCAGCAGCUGUAAAUUCUUAACCAUUUUAUAAAUGAACACACACAGAACUUUAAAAAAAAUAACACUACAUUGUUGUUGAAAUCAUUGUGUAAUUCAAAUUUAUUUUUCACAGAAAAUAAAAUAUGUAAAACCACCGCA